UGAAUGUAUGUAUGUAUGUAUGCAUGUAUGUUAUAUUUAAUUCAGACUAAUGAUGCUAUGUAGCGUAUCUGAAGCUGUUACAUGUCCGCUUGAGAGGCGCUUGAAGCAUAUCCUUUGUUCAACUGAAAAAUCCCUCCUUUUUCUAUGGCUGCUACUUGCUCUUCCCUCUCCUUCGCCUCUACCUCCUCCUUUCCCCAUGGAUUCAGAACUCCCGCCACCGCCAACCCCCUGUCCCUCGGCCUUCUCUCUUCUCCAAUACCGCACGCUAACCCCAGGCCGUCGCGCCUGGCCCUUGCUCUCCCCCGGCGGCUCUUCUUGCCGUCGGCGUCGGCCAUCUGGGAUGCCUUGACCGGCGGCAACCGCGCGCGCGACGCCUCCAUCGCCGUCCGCCGGGGCAUGCUGCUCUUCCGGCAGGGAGAUGUUGCUGGGUCGCUGGCCGAGUUCGACCGAGCCAUUGAGUUAGAUCCUCGCCAGAAGGCAUAUCUUUGGCAGAGAGGGCUGUCUCUCUAUUAUCUGAAUAGAUUCAAAGAAGGUGCAGAGCAGUUCAGAUUGGAUGUUGCUGCAAACCCAAAUGAUACAGAGGAAUCUAUAUGGUGCUUUCUUUGUGAAGCUCAAUUAUGUGGAGUGGAGGAAGCUAGGAAGCGAUUCUUGGAGGUUGGCCAAGAUCCACGGCCUGUAAUGCGUCAAGCCUAUAAUCUCUUUAAAGAUGGUGGGGACCCUGAGAAGCUUGUUACAGCCUUCUCAGAUGGACGGGAGAAUGAAUACUUCUACGCUUCUUUAUAUGCUGGCCUUUUUUAUGAAUCUCAGAAUGAUAUGGAUGCAGCAAAACUCAAUAUUCUUGCAGCAUGUCAGUCUCCAUAUGGAUCCAGGUCUGAUGAUUAUAUGGCUUCCCUUGCAAAGGUUCACUGCCUCUGCCGAAACUGGAGCUUCAGCUAACUUCCGGCUUGGCGAGCAUCAUCAAUUUAAUGCCUUCAGGCUUGCACUCCCAGGAUGAUAGAAUUAGAUGCAAUCAUUGCUUCAGGUGGAAAUCCUUGCAGGACCUGACCAGAAACUAAGAGAUGUUCAUAGGAUACGCCAUAUCUUGGACAGUCGUUCAAAUGGGUCACACUAUUACAUAGUCACCAUAUGUAUUAUUAGGUGCUUUGUUACAGUGCCAGGCACAUGCAUGCAAAAGGUGAUAAAUAACAAUCUGGGGUCUGAUCUGACAAAUAAGUGUGUGUACGUGUGUAUAUAAAAAAUAAGUGCAUGCGUGCGUGCAUGCGUGGAUAGAUAGAUAGAUAAAUAAAUGGAUAUAUGGAGGUUCACUUGGUAUAAAGUUUCCUAUGAGCCAUGUGGACGUUAGUAUAAAUAUGCCCAACCAUCAUAAAAAUUUGUUACUUGAUA